AUGAAACGAAUAAAUUGUGAAGGAAGUCAGAUGUUUGUUGUAACAAAUCAAAUGAAUCAAGGAGGAACAUUACGACUUAAAGAAGUGAAGGAUUUGAUUGAUAAAAAGGAAAAAAUGAUAAUUGAAAUGUAUCAUGAAGAAGCAGAAACACAAAUAAUUCAAGCAAUCAACGAAGAAGGAAGUGGAAUUAGAGAUAAAUUAGGAAUAAAAAGUAUGGAAGUUUAUGGAGGUGUUUUAAGUGUAGAAGCAUUCAACCAUUUUCUGUGGUGUCAAAGCAGUGAAAGUGUUAGUGAUUUGGUGAUAAUGAAAAACGUAUUUGUUAUACUAACAAACAAUGAAUACACUAUAAUUAAAGCAGAAGUUAUUCAUAGCAAACCAAGUAAAUAUUAUUUCAUUCAAUAUUCUGAUGAAUUUGAUACUGUAAAGAAUAUUUUUAUCACAAACCAUCAUUGUCAAACAAUAUGUACUAUGUUUAAAAAGUCUGAAGAUGAAAAUAGAGAUAUUGAUUAUGAAACUAAUGACAAAUACACUACUCAAUUUAUUCAUUGA